AUGGCUGCCCCGGUCAAGCAGGAGCCAGGUUCCACGCCCUAUAUUAAACCAGACCCUGACAGCAGAGAAGCACAUGCUGGCGCGCUAUCAGACGAGGACAUCUACGAGGAUGCUGGGGAUCUAGAUUUUUCACAGGCAGGACAAAAUGUCUGGUUGACGCGCAUCCCGAAGUCCCUCUGGGAGCACUGGUCGAAAUUGGACGACGACGAGGAGAUACAGAUCGGCACAAUCAGAGUGGAAGGUGAUCCCACAGACAUCAAGAGAGUCAGUUUGCGGCUCAACGAGCAUCCCGGAAACAAAGACAUUCCAAAAGACUAUAUCCUCAAGCGUCAGAAUGUGAACCCCGAUAAUACGUCUUACCCGGUACAAAAUAGUUAUAUUUUUACGGAAAAGGAUCUCCCUGGCUACAAGAAUCGGGUCGAUGUCCUCUUUGGCGAGGCACGCUCCAUGCUUUACGAGUCCAUGAAACGGGAGGCAAGGAAGAAAACUCACAAAAAGAAGUGGGAGCCCUAUGUGCGGAAAACAAUACCCAAGCAAACCGCUAUCGUGGCAAAGGUUAGGGAUGAGUUCAACUGCAUUCCCGUCGAGAACGAAGAAUACCAACGGAUAUCUGAAGCUCGAGCUCUCGAAGCCCUCAAGCCAAAACGUGAAACCAAGUUCGUUCCCAAGAUUACCGGCAAGAUGCUCCAGCCCAAGAAUGUGGUGCCGGGCGACAAGGGCGCGUUUGUGCAAGCGACAAAGCCUGUAAAACCUCGCACACAGGAAAACAAGACUACCCGUAUGCCGCAGAACGAACUAUUGGAUCUUAUCUACGAAUGCUUCCGGGAAUACAAGUAUUGGCCGUUUAAGGCCUUGAAAGCGAGACUCCAACAGCCUGAAUCAUACCUGAAGCAAACACUGGAGAUGGUCGCCCACCUGGUGAAAUCGGGUGAUUUCGCCAUGACGUGGGAGCUUAAGCCUGAAGCCAGGGAGAGUAGCUAUGCAAGUGCACUGUCCCAGGCAAAGGAAGAACUUCCGCCUGACACAGGCUACAAUGAUGAACCAUCAGAAGAUGAGGGCAUGGCCGAGGGGGCUGGAUCGGAUAAUGAAGAUGUCCAGUUUGAGAGCGUUUCGGUAUUGGCUGAGAAGAUCAUGUUCUGGUAUGGUUUCCUUAAUUUUGAACUUUACAGGAAGGUUUUGUAUGUAAGGGUUUCGUUACCUUCUGCAGACUAA